ACAGUAGGAGGAGCCAUGCGUACAUAUAUAAGAGGUACAGUCAGAACAUCACAGGACAUUACAGCCAGCAGCAAAACAAUCCACACCAGAGGAGACCCAGACAGCAAGAUGGUUCCAGUGUUGAUGUUACUCAUGGCAGCUCUUGUAGCUGCAGAUGAACCGAUGAUGGAUCUCUCAGGCCCAUUAGAGUCUGAUAGUCCCUCUGUUUCUGUGGUUUUCUGUGAUGCUGGGAUUACAUGCCCUUCCGGAACGACAUGCUGUCGGAGUCCUUUUGGUGUGUGGUACUGUUGCCCAUUCUUAAUGGGUCAGUGCUGCAGAGAUGGACGUCAUUGCUGUCGUCAUGGUUAUCACUGCGAUUCGACAUCAACCCUUUGUUUGAGGGGGUGGUUGAGACUGCCAUCUUCUGCUGAGCCGGCCACCAAAGCUAUCCAGAAAACUCAGUCUGUGCCCUUUGACCAGGCUCUUAAAUGGCAGAGCCAGACUGAGACAGUUCAUUGUGAUGGAAAUCUCUACUGCUCAACUGAGCAGUUCUGUUGCAAGACAGCAGCAGGCCAGUGGGGGUGCUGCAGCGAGAUGGUGUAAGUGAACAACCCCCGUGACUUGGGUGCAGCUCUUGUUAAAGACUUACAAAGUGCAAGAGGCUUUUGUCACAUUUUCACUCCACAUGUGCUUUUGUUUUCAGUCAGCACCAUUUUCCCUUUGUUAGUUUGUUGUUAUGGACACUCAUUAGUGUCAGCUGUCUACUAUCAGUCAUUUCAUUAUCACCCCAUUUGCUCAUGUAUUUAAAUUUCACUGUUUCACUUCUUGGUUGUCAGGUCUUGUCUCUACUUGUUACCCUUCUACGUUGCAUUUAGCCUGUUUGGAUUAUUAAAAACUGCCUGAAUCAUCAUGUGUGUUUAUUCUAACCAAGUGUGACAACUUUCAGAUGUCAAUUACUGUUGAGGGAAAGGAUUUAUAUACAUUCAAGCUGAAUUAAUGCAAAAUAAAACUUUAAAGAACUGCA